UAGACAUUGCGUACAAUGGUUUCUGUCGACUCCUGAAUGAUGAAUGCUGGGAGAAUACUUGGCAAACCGGCGCUACGUAAUUUACUAUUCAUACGUCACUCAGGUUAGGUAGUGCAUCAAGUGAAGAUGGCGACCGUCUACGAAAGAUACAAUUUGCACACCACGCCUGAGAAGCUCUUCAUCGAGGCGUGCGAUGAAGGGGCGGACGCCGUCCUGGCCAUCGACAGGCUGUCAAACGAGAUGACGUUUACAGUGAAGAAGGAAGUGCCGCCCUCCGCCGUCACCAGGCCUGUGUGUGGUGUCAUGGGAACCAUUCGUCUGGUAGCAGGGAUGUACCUCAUCGUCAUCACCAAGAAGAGGAACGUUGGCAGCCUCCUGGGACACGCCGUGUGGAAGAUGGUGGAGUUUGAAAUCAUCGCUUAUAAGAAGACGCUGCUGCAUCUCACUGAAGCUCAGUCUCAGGAGAACAAGACGCUGCUGUCCAUGGUGAGCAGCGUGCUGGCGACCGACGGCUUCUACUUCUGCACCGACUACGACCUGACCCACACCCUGCAGAGGCUGGCCAACACCAGCCCGGACUUCCAGGAGAUGAGCCUCCUGGAGAGGGCGGAUCAACGGUUCGUGUGGAACGGGAACCUGCUGAGAGAGCUGGCGGCCCAGCCCGAGCUCCACAAAUUCGCCCUCCCUGUUGUCCACGGCUUCGUCGUCAUGAAGCCAUGCCGCAUCAACGGCAAGAUCUUUGAGUGGGUCCUCAUCUCCAGGAGGAGCUGCUUCCGGGCCGGCGUCAGAUACUACAUCCGAGGGAUCGACUCUGAGGGACAUGCUGCAAACUGUGUGGAGACGGAGCAGAUUGUCCUCUAUGAAGGGGCACAGGCCUCUUUUGUCCAGACACGCGGGUCCAUGCCCUUCUUCUGGUCCCAGAGGCCCAACCUCAAGUACAAGCCCAAGCCCCUGAUCAGCAAGACUGCAAACCACAUGGACGGCUUCAAGAGGCACUUUGACUCUCAGUUCCUGAUCUACGGGAAGCAGACCAUUUUAAACCUGGUGAACCAGAAGGGUUCGGAGAAACCUCUGGAGCAGGCCUUCGCCAAGAUGGUGUCCGGGGCGGAUAAGGAGAUGAUCCACUACAUAGCCUUCGACUUCCACAAGGAGUGCAGCCGCAUGAGGUGGCACCGGCUCCAGCUACUGGUGGACGCCGUGGCAGAGAAGCAGGAGGAAUAUGGGUAUUUCAUGGUGAACGCCGAGGGGAAGACGCUGGCCCAACAGACUGGAACAUUCCGCAGCAACUGCAUGGACUGCCUGGACAGGACCAACGUCAUCCAGAGCCUGCUGGCCCGCUGCUCGCUGCAGUCCCAGCUCCAGAGACUGGGUGUGCUGAACGUGGGCCAGAAAGUGGAAGAGCAGGCCCAGUUCGAACGAAUCUACAAGAAUGCAUGGGCCGACAAUGCCGACGCAUGCGCUGUGCAGUAUGCAGGAACUGGAGCCCUGAAAACAGACUUCACAAGGACUGGGAAGAGGACUCAGAUGGGUCUGCUCAUGGAUGGCGUGAACUCCAUGGUUCGCUACUACAAGAACAACCUCUCUGACGGCUUCAGACAGGACUCCAUCGACCUGUUCCUGGGUAACUUUGCGGUGGACGAGAGCGGCGGGCCCACGCCCCUCCGUGUCCAGAAGGACUGGAAGUUCCUCACACUGCCCAUCAUCAUGUUGGUGGCCUUCUCAAUGUGCAUCGCCUCUCUGCUGCUGGCCGGAGACACCUGGAGCGACACCCUGGCAUACGCUGCCAUCUGGGGCGGGGCCGGCCUGCUCACAGCCGCAGUCAUCAUGUUCUAUGGGACAGAUUUCGUGGAUGCCCCCAAGCUGGUCCACAAGGAGAAGAUGGACUGAGUGUCUGAGCGUGUGAAUGUGUGAGUGUGUGGGCAAAAGGAAAAGAUAAUUUCCUGGUCUUCCUUCUCGGGUUAUAGCUCCCUCCCAGUUUGCUUUAGGCUGCGCCGCCUGCUGCUCUAGUACAGAGGUCCCCAUAGAUAUAUUGGUUCUUAUAUUUCUGGCUCUCUCUGCAAUGAUUCCCUGCUGCACACGGACUGCUUCAUAUGGUUUACAUGGGUUCUUGUUUCCAUAUCUAAGGCCAGUGAGAGUAAUGAGGGCUUGGUUGUAGUAUUGGAAGUAAGUUGGCAUCUCCCUUGCAGAUCCCUUACUUUUAAAAGCACUUGAGUAAAUUGUCCAACUGGAACAAUAAAAUGUUCCAAAAAAAAAUUGAUUAGCUAUGUGGGAAGAAUCAUGUUGCAGCUUGCACAGAGGUUGGUUUCUUGAAGUAUUUAUCAGGUAUAUAAGCCUUUUUUCUCCAAAUAAAUUCCUGGGUGAUGUUAUUUAUUAAUUCUAACAAUGGUUCAAAGAAAAUUAUGUUUGGUUUAUUAUUCCUGAUCUUUGCUAAUCCAAUCUGUCUAAAAAUUAAUCAAACCUACAUACUUAAUGCGUCUUCCUAUCAACUUAAUUGCAGAGUAUGUAUGCUGAUUCUAUUUUAGUAUUGGUUCUUUGUUAUUUUUGCACUUUUGGAACGAUCAAAUGACAUGACUGCUCAUUUCCAGAUUGUGAAAGAAUGUUACAAUUCUAUUAUUGAGGACCAAGAUGCAAUGUUGCUCCGUGGCUAUUAGUACUCUAGAUCGAUCCGUUGAUGUAAUCUGUUCAUUGUCCUUUUGAGAGAGAGCUUUUGGCACUACUCUGGUGAUGAGUUCAAAUCCCUGUGUGGAAUUCUGCCUUAAAACUGUGCCCCUUACUGAAGAGGGCAUGGAUGUUUCAUUUUCUCACAUGCUCAUACAUUCUAGAAGAACAGGUGUGAUUUUAAGACUUACUGUAUACGGGUGGAUGCUCAGCCUUUUUGUUUCCAUUUUCUUUUUGUGCAAAUUGUAGCAUUUAGGAACCAUGUUCAGAAUAGAUGCAUCAUUAUCAGAAUUGUUAGUGUAUACAAUUUAAAUAAAGAUCAGGAGAUGUUUUGAUCCUAUCCUUCAUCAUAUAUGAUGGGAUGGGAUGUGAAAAACGCACAUACAUCCAUUUGCAAAACCCUCACAUGGUUUGAAUAAUUAUGCAUCCCUUCAGUACAUUGCACACAUUUAUUUGAAAAGCUCCCGGUGUUAACAUCAAUGUAGCCUAUUGUGGAUGGGUAUCAUGAUUAGCCGAUAUGUAAGUGCUACAUGUUAUGGAAGCGCUGUUAUGACCUGUAAAUCAAGAGCAGACCACAAUGGUACCUCGAGGUUGAACGGCCAACAAACUAAGAGUUACAUGGUCCAGAACAGUCCGCUAAUCGGCGGAACUCUUCUUUUCCACCAAAUAUACAUUUGGAAUAGUUUGUGUUCCAAAGUUACAUUGGAUGUUCGUCUAGACACCGCUGUAAGGAAUUGUUUGGGAUUUGGGAUUUGGGUCAUUACAAUAAUGCAGCAAAUUAUAUUUUACUCAAUGGUAAUGGAUAUAUUGUGAAAGUACCUCAUUCCAUUUAAAGUACUUAUAUACACUCAAGUUAUUUUGAUUUGAUUUUGGUGGGUUGUGGGAAAUAGGAUUGUUUUGUUUCUUUGCUGUGGACGGUGUAUAUCAACACAAUGUACAUCAUCUGGUUCAAUAAAUUCAGUUGAUUUCCAAUAAACUAAUGAAUAGCCUAA